GUCCAUCAAACAGACGCAGGAAGACAACACACGCGUCCAGGAUGACAGCGGCCCUUCUGUGUUUCCUCCUGGCUGGUCCAGUUCUGCUGGUCGCUGCAGGUCCAGCUCGUGACUCAAACAAUGGGACCGUACCACUGGUGCUGUGGCAUGGGAUGGGUGACAGCUGCUGCAACCCUCUCAGCAUGGGGUCCAUAAAGAAAAUGAUCGAGGAGGACAUUUCUGGCAUUUAUGUGCUAUCAUUGAUGAUCGGGAAGAACGUCAUACAGGACACAGAAAAUGGGUUUUUCAUGGAUGUGAAUGAGCAGGUGUCCAUGGUGUGCAGCCAGCUGGCUCAGGACCCCAAGCUGAAGGGGGGCUACAAUGCGAUGGGCUUCUCCCAGGGGGGGCAGUUUCUGAGGGCCGUGGCGCAGCGAUGUCCCUCUCCACCAAUGAAAACCCUGAUCUCCAUUGGUGGCCAGCACCAAGGAGUCUACGGGCUGCCCAGGUGUCCCGGAGAGAGCUCCCACAUCUGUGACAUGAUCCGCAAAGCUCUGAACAGCGGCGCUUACACCGACCUGGUUCAGAAACACCUGGUGCAGGCCCAGUACUGGCACGACCCCCUCAAUGACGACCUGUACAAGAAGCACAGUCUCUUCCUGGCCGACAUCAAUCAAGAGAGGACCGUAAACGAGACUUAUAAGAAGAAUCUUCAGUUGCUGGAAAAGUUCGUCAUGGUCAAGUUCCUGCAGGACACCGUAGUGGAUCCUGUCGAUACAGAGUGGUUCGGCUUCCUGAAAACUGGCCAGGCCAAAGAGACUGAAACUCUACAGGAGAGCGUUCUCUAUAAAGAGGAUCGUCUGGGCCUGGCAGCGAUGGAAAAAGCGGGAAAGCUGACUUUCCUUUCGACGCCGGGAGAUCACCUCCAGUUCACCAGAGAGUGGUUCAACGAAAACCUGCUGCCUUAUUUGCGCUAGAAGUGCUGAUGGAUCGCCCGGGGGGAUCAAAGUCACAAUAAAUGAAGAUCAGGGUUUUAAUAAUCGGAGAAGGGAUGCAGACGCCACUCCUUCUUAUUGCACUGAUUUACAGCAUGAUGUUAAUUUUUUAUGCUAAUUAACGUGUUAGUCUUCUGCUGUGCUACUACUAACACUCGACUCAUGUUAUUUCCUAUGUGAGCUGUUCUGAUGAGGUCAAAUUUAUUUUCUUAAAUGUUUAAGCCUUUUCUUUUUUUAAUAAAUUCUUGUGUUUAACUGUUCAAUAAUACAUAUGUCUACAACUUACAUGUCAAUCCAAUAAAACACAGCCAAACAAAUGAUAUUUUAUUGCAACAUUUUUAAUGAUGUCUCCAGUACUAAUGAGCAGAUUUCUGAUUUUGGACCCAAAAAAAAAAAAAAAAGAGAUAAAAGAAAAGAGACAAAAUAAAAGAAAA